AUCCCUGAUCACACGCAAACAGUUCACUUUAUAGCGGCUACAAACAGUGCUUUCGGAAAGUAUUCAGACCCCUCGACUUUUAAAAUGGAUUGAAUCGUUUUUUAAAACUCAAUCUACAUACAAUACCCCAAAGCAAAAACAGGUUUUUAGAAUUUUAAAAACGUAUUUAAAAAAAAAAACGGAAAAUAUUACAUUUACAUAAGUAUUCAGACCCUUUACUCAGUACUUUGUUGAAGCACGUUUGGCAAUGAUUACAGUCUCGUGUCAGAUUGGGUGCUAUGCUGCAAGCUUGGCACACCUGUAUUUGGGGAGUUUCUCCUAGUCUUCUCUGCAGACCCUCAAGUGCUGUCAGGAUGGAUGGGUAGCUUCGCUGCACAGCUAUAUUCCGGUUUCUCCAGAGUUGUUCAAUCGGGUUCAAGUCUGGGCUUUGGCUGGGCCACUCAAGGACAUUGAAUUGUCCCCGAAGCCACUCCUGCAUUGUCUUGGCUGUGUGUUUAGGAUCAUUGUCCUUUUGGAAGGUGAACCUUCACCCCAGACUGUGGUCCUGAGCAUUCUGGAGCACGAUUUCUUGCCGUACUUUGCUCCUUUCCCUCGAUCCUGACUAGUCUCGCAGUCCCUGCAGCUGAAAAAUAACCCCACUGCAUGAUGCUGCCACCACCAUGCUUCACCAUAGGGAUGGUGCCGGGCUUCCUCCAUAUGUGACGCUUUGGCAUUCAGGCCAAAUACUUCAAUCUUGGUUUGAUCAGACCAGAGGUGCCUUUUGUAAAACUCCAAGCAGGCUGUCAUGUACCUUUUUACUGAGGAGUGGCUUCCAUCUGGCCACUCUACCAAAAAGGCCUGAUUAGUGGAGUGCUGCAGAGAUGGUUGUCCUUAUGGAAGUUUCUCCCAUCUCCACAGAGGAGCUAUGUCAGAGUGACCAUCGGGUUCUUGGUCACCUCCCUGACCAAGGCCCUUCCCCGAUUGCUCUGUUUGGCUGGGCGGCCAGCUCUAGGGUGAGUCUUGGAAUUAGUUUGGAACCGCCAUUUAAGUAUGAUGGAGGACACUGUAUUCUUGGACCUUCAGUGCUGCAGAAAUAUUUUGGUACACUUCCCCAGACCUGUGUGUCAAUACGAUCCUGUCUCUGAGCUCUACGGACAAUUCCUUUGACUUCAUGGCUUGGUUUGUGUUCUGAGAUGCAUUAUCAACUGUGAGACCUUUUAUAUAGACGGGUGCGUGCCAUUCCAAAUCAUGUCCAAUCAAUAGAAUUUACCACAGGUGGACUCCAAUCAAUUUGUAGAAACAUCAAGGAUAAUCAAUGGAAACAGGAUACACCUGAGCUCAAUUGAGUCUCAUAGCAAAGGGUUUGAAUAGUUAUGUAAAUAAGGUAUCAUUUUUUAUAUACAUUAGCAAGAAUCUCUGAACCUGUUUUCACGUUGCCAUUAUGGGGUAUUGUGUGUAGAUUGAGGACAUUUAUCUAAUACAUUUUAGAAUAAGGCUGUAAAGUAACAAAAUGUGGAAAUUGGGAGGGGGUCUGAAUAUAGUGGCGGUUUCAGCAGCAUGAUCUUUGCAGGGCAGGGUUUACACAUAAACACAUACCACCAGUCCACGUGAAGGGUUAACAUGGUUUAUUUUAUCAGGUACCGGCAGAGUUCGUGAUAUACAAAACUCAAACAAGCAAAGUAAAUACAUCGUCACCAGUCCUCCAAUCUUGGUCUUUGGGGGUUCACUCUGUGUUGAAAUCAUCAGUUCCUUUAUUCCGGUAAACCACCUUCUCCACUGUAUGCUCAGUCUCUCCAAUAGCCUCCUGUUCCUUCACCAGCUGGGGUCAAAUAUUUUUUUUUUAAAGGGCAAGAAAGCAAACCCAGGACGUGUUUAAGCAGAGGCCCUGAUUGGUUUCACCUGUCUGCAGUUUAGUCUCUAAAUACAACUGGAGACAGGUGUGGCUGUUCUGCUGCAGUCCGGAAGUUUUGCCUGAGCUGUCCAUGGUCCUGCCUCUGGGGAAUACUUCCCAUUGCUGUCUAUGGUCCUGGUAGCCAGAAAACACUGAAACCUCGCGGGCACAUACCGUCCAUCCACAACACAACCCCUGAAACCGCUACAAUAGACUCCGAAUGCGUUACAGGAUGAUCUCUUUGAUUGUGGAAUAAUUUCUUCUUGCGUCUAUGUGCUCUUCUCCCUCACCUUCUCCCUUUUCUUGUGGAAUUCAGUGCACAACACAUCAGCAAUCUGUGACCAUGUGAAAAAACCUUUCCAAGCCAAACCUUCAUAUCAUAACUGCUAACCUCUACACACAGCCUACAUCGUUGUCACCAUAUUAUAACUCCAUAGUCAACAUAGCUACUAGAUCUAAAGUGUUAGUAAACAUGCUACAAUCAUGCGGUCCUGUAUACAGUCAGAAAAUAGUUUAGCAGUUGCACUGGCAGGCUUCGUUGGCAAUAAAUUAAUAAAACCAAAAUCUUACCUUGACUUGGAAGACUUCAAGUGUUGGAUAGCUAUAGGCAGCUAGCUAACAUUGCAUCCCUCUCUGUUGGAGCCAGGUGUUUGAGUAGGCUAAACUAGCUAGCUGUAUUCACUAGCUAAGUGAAAGUGGAAAUAUGAAAUAUAACUGGUUCUCUCUUUCUUGCAACCACAUUUUAUGCACUGCAGUGCUAGCUAGCUAUAGCUUAUGCUUUCAGUACUAGAUUAAUUUUAGAAUCAUUUGAUUGUGGGGAGACAUGUCAGUUCAUGCUGCAAGAGCUCAAGAUGGGUUGGAGGAUGUUGUCAUAAUUACUGUGUAAGUCUAUGGAAGGGGGUGAGAACUACAAGCCUUCUAGGUUUUGUGCUGAAGUCAAUGCACCCAGACGAGGAUGGAAGCUAGCUGUCCUUCGGCUACAACAUGAUGCUACCCUACAGACUGAUGUUGGGGCUACUGUGGACCUUCAUUGCAAAACAAUAUGUUUUAAUCACUUAUUUGGUGACAUUAAUAUAUUUAGUAUAGUGUUAUCUAAAAAGGAACAUAAAAAAAAAAAUCUGAAAUUCUUCAGAGCGGGACAGUCCUCCCCCAAGGAGCCUCUGCUGCUUAAAUGUCAUUUUAACGUUUGCAAAGUACCAAUGUGCAAAAUAGCCUGAUGCCAGCUAUUUGCCCUGGGCAUUAGAACAUGAUGUCUGUAUUUGUGUGUGUGUGUGUGACAGAAGCCCUAUGCAGCAGUGGUGACAUUUGACAUGCUUCUCCGUCUAUGGUUAAACAAUUAAUUUGUUAAAGGAUAUUUUUGUGCACUGCACAGUUAAAACUAAUGCAUCCUACACUGAUAUAUUUAGUACAACGUCACCAUAGAAUCUAUGGAAUCUAUAGCACACAUAGACAGUGGAUUCUUAAAGGCUCUAGGUUAUCAGGCAUGAAGAUCCAAAGUGUCAUGACGUUGGCCUGGGGUAGGUUUAUGACAGUCAUAAAUACCUCUUCCCCCUUUUUCCUCUCUACCCUACUGAUGUGACAUUUGAAAACCCAUUGGUUAACAUAGAGAUUCUGGGAACAUCAGAAGGUGGGGGGAAUUGAACUAUAUUCUGGUAAUCCGACCAAUUGAACAUAUGCGGUGGUACUUAAUGAAUAUGAUGUCAGUUCGGUUGUCAUCUGAGACAUUCUUAUUAAUGAAAGGAUGACAUAAACUCUACAGUGGAAAGUCUGCACAUUGUAGUUAUCGGAGUCACAUGGAAUUGUUGUUCAAUUUAAAUGUUUGAAUAUAAAAUGAUUGGUGAAGAGAUGAAAUGUUAUUUCAGCUUCCAAAUGAGAGAUUUGGGUUUUCAUAAGGUUAGAGCUCUGCUCAGUCAGUGGCCCGCCCCUGUGAAAAGACAUGGGUUAUCAAACUUUUCAAACACACCCUUCUCGCUCCACUAUAUAAAGCCUUGACGAAAAUGUAACCUCCUGUUCCGAGGAUGACGGUCCGAUGUCAGAAUGGUUCAGAUAAUAACUACAGAACGAAGCCAACCUCGGCGUGAGCUUUGGUUGUGAAUGGUAUGAACUUUGAACUCUUAUUCACUACAAAAGUGAUACCUCCUAGCCGUUGAGUUAGCAACAGCAGCUGCAAACGUAGGCUAGGAAAGAACAGACGGAGUAACCCAUCUACCACACAACAAUGUUACUACAACAUAUCCAAUUUACCACCAGAGACAUUCUUCAAAGGACUCGGUUGGGCAACACGGCCUUCCAUUUUACCACCAACCUACCGAGGCGCAGCUCAGAGAAAAUAUUUAUUGCAUUUUCCUUUUCCAAAUGGGUGGUAUGCAUAAGAUACUUACUGUAUUUACGAUAGCACAGCUUCGCCCUUUGUUCCUCAGUUUUCCCGCUCUUUCACUCAAACCCAGACCCUUUUCUUUUGUGUAACCAGCUGUCAUAUCUGUUCCGUCCACUAGGGACGUUUUCCUUUAUGACAUAAUUUGUAAUCAAGGUAUAAUUCAUUCUGUGUAUAUGUAAUUCUGUUUGAUUUAGUUAGGUAUUUAGUAAAUAAAUAAUUAAACCCAAAUUUCUAUUACUAAUUCAACUUGUUAGCCAGGGUUCGUGAAGAUGACCAAGAAUUCACAACUUUCUGAUGAGACUGAAUUAAGGUGACGAUUAAUAUUGACUGCUAUUGAUGUAAAAUAUUACUAGGUCUUCAAGAGUUUAUUUGGAAGAUAACAGCUCUAUAAACAUUAUUUUGUGGUGCCCCGACUCUCUAGUUAAUUACAUUUACAUGAUUAGCUCAAUCAGGUAAUAUUAAUUACUGAGAAAGGAUUUUAUAGAAUAGCAUGUCAUAUUUUUAUCUAUUUUAUUUAUUUCACCUUUAUUUAACCAGGUAGGCAAGUUGAGAACAAGUUCUCAUUUACAAUUGCGACCUGAUAUCACUUAAUCCGGCAUAACCAAAGACAUGACAAAAGCAAGAUAGUGUUACUGUUAUCCAGUUGGUUUUGAAAUCGAUCUCCUAUUGUGCACCCCAAUACAUAUCAGACGUGCUGUUGAGUUGUGUACCCAGUAAGUCCCUCAGGUUCUCAGAUUCAAUGGCAAUGGCCUUUUAGUUACCUUUAGUUACUAUGCCCCCUGCGUCUGGAAUAGCUUGCCAGAGCACCUGAUGGGGGCUGAAACUGUGGACAUAUUUCAAAGAGAUCUUAAAACACACCUUUUUAGCUUGGCUUUUCAUUAGGGUGCUUUUUUGAGUCUUACAUUUUUUCUUGUUAUUCUUUUGUUUUUAUCCUGUUAUGUUUGUUCUGUAGUAAAUACACUACUUGGUCAAAAGUAUGUGGACCCUCAUUUCUGGUUGGUAGGUGAUCAAAUACUUAUGUCAUGCAAUGAAAUGCAAAUUAAUUACUUAAAAAUCAUACAAUGUGAUUUUUAAAAUUUGUUUUAGAUUCAGUCUCUCACAGUUGAGGUGUACCUAUGAUAAAAAAUUACAGACCUCUACAUGCUUUGUAAGUAGGAAUAACUGCAAAAUCAGCAUACUUGUUCUCCGCACUGUACUUUCUUUUUUUUACCACCAGGAAAUCAGCUCCAAGUGAUUUUAAUUUGGGACAUCUGUUCCCAAUUAUUUCCACGCAUAAUAGAGAGACACAUGAUCAUAUACCAAUAUAAGCAAGGUUUGAAAUGAUUAUGUUUUAGUCAAAUAUUAUCUCUGUUUGGGCGUCUUGUAGUCAACUUGCAGUCUACAAAUUAUUUGUAAUUAUGUUCCGAUCAUCCACUCAAUAAAAAAAAUCUUAUUCAAAUUGAUGAUCCCUGUUCUACGGUUUAUCAUGAGGUAUUCUAACUUGGGUGAGCAGUACCUCGAGAUUGACUUAAUUUUAGAGAUUGAGCACCAGCUGUUGUUAACAAAGAGACACACCUCCCCCAGGGAGCCUUUCUGUCCUGCUGGUGCAUAGAAAACCAACUAGAUGUAUAUUAUCAAUGUCCUUGUUCAGCCACGACUCUGAGAAAUAUAGGAUAAUACAGUUCUCCAGUGAUGAGUUAUUUUGCCAAUAGAAUGGAGGGAAAAGGCGGUUUAUUUACUCGCCGAUGUAGUUUUGUCAGGGUGCCUGCAAGUCGGCCUCUCUAACACAGUACCUUCCUUUCCCGAGUCUCAGGGAUUAGGGCCUUGUCUGGGGUGAGCAGAUUAUCCUGCACUGCCGACUUGUUGAAGUAGAAAUCAUCAUCCAAAUCGAGUCUCCCAGAGUGAGGCCCAGGCAGGAGCCGGCUGCUGCUGACCAAGGCACCAUGAUGGAGGGGGGCAUGCAGCUACUGAACCGUGACGGCCACAGCAUCUCGCACAACUCCAAGCGCCACUACCACGACUCGUUUGUGUCCAUGAACAGGAUGCGCCAGCGUGGCCUGCUCUGCGACAUCGUGCUGCACGUCUCCAACAAGGAGAUCAAGGCGCACAAGGUGGUGCUGGCCUCCUGCAGUCCCUACUUCCAUGCCAUGUUUACAAGUCACCAGGUGAGGUGUGUGUCCAAGUUUUCCUCCUCCAUCCUGCAGCUCAGACUAGAGCUUUGUGAGGAUGAGAUGUCGGAGAGUCGUCAGACCCACGUGACCCUGCAUGACAUUGACCCCCAGGCGUUGGAACAGCUGGUUCAGUAUGCCUACACGGCAGAAAUCGUGGUGGGGGAGGGCAACGUGCAGACAUUGCUUCCAGCGGCCAGCCUGCUGCAGCUCAACGGGGUGAGGGACGCCUGCUGUAAGUUCCUCCUCAGCCAGCUGGACCCUUCCAACUGCCUGGGCAUCCGCAGCUUUGCCGACACGCACUCCUGCAGCGACCUGCUCAAGUCGGCGCACAAGUACGUCCUGCAGCACUUUGUGGAGGUGUCCAAGACUGAGGAGUUCAUGCUGCUGCCGCUAAAGCAGGUAUUAGACCUGAUUUCCAGUGACAACCUGAACGUACCGUCAGAAGAGGAGGUAUACCGGGCCGUGCUGAGCUGGGUCAAACACGACAUAGAUGGGCGCAGGCAGCACGUACCCUGGCUGAUGAAGUGCGUGCGUCUGCCCCUGCUGCGGAGAGAUUUCCUCAUGAGCAACGUGGACACGGAGCUGCUGGUGCGCCACCACUCUGAGUGCAAGGACCUGCUCAUCGAGGCCCUCAAGUACCAUCUUAUGCCCGAGCAGAGGGGUGUGCUGAGUAACAGCCGUACCCGGCCGCGCCGCUGCGAGGGCGCCAGCCCCGUGCUCUUCGCCGUCGGUCAGUGUGCCCCCGAGGUUACCCACCAGGGUGGCGGCAGUCUGUUUGCUAUCCACGGUGACUGCGAGGCCUACGACACGCGGACUGACCGAUGGCACAUGGUGGCAUCCAUGUCCACUCGGCGGGCACGUGUGGGCGUGGCGGCCAUUGGCAACAAGCUGUAUGACGGCACCUCAGAUUUGGCCACAGUGGAGUCCUACGACCCUGUCACCAACUCCUGGCAGCCUGAGGUUUCAAUGGGGACGCGACGGAGCUGUUUGGGCGUGGCAGUGUUGCACGGCCUCCUGUACGCCGCCGGUGGUUACGACGGAGCUUCCUGUCUCAACAGUGCAGAGCGGUACGACCCUCUCACCAGUACCUGGACCUCCAUCGCUGCCAUGAGCACCCGAAGGAGAUACGUCCGUGUGGCCACUCUAGAUGGCAGUCUGUAUGCAGUAGGAGGAUAUGAUAGCUCCUCACACCUAGCAACAGUGGAAAAAUAUGAACCACAGAGUAACGCAUGGACAGCCAUCGCCAAUAUGCUGAGUCGACGCAGCAGUGCCGGGGUGGCCGUGCUGGAGGGCAUGCUCUAUGUCGCCGGGGGCAACGAUGGCACCAGCUGCCUAAACUCGGUGGAGCGAUUCAAUCCCAAGACCAAUGCCUGGGAGGGCGUGGCGCCCAUGAACAUCCGCAGGAGUACCCACGACCUGGUGGCUAUGGAUGGCUGGCUGUACGCGGUGGGCGGCAACGACGGCAGCUCCAGCCUCAACUCCAUUGAAAAGUACAACCCGCGCAGCAACAAGUGGGUGGCGGCCUCCUGCAUGUUCACGCGGCGCAGCAGUGUGGGGGUGGCCGUCCUAGAGCUGCUCAACUUCCCGCCGCCUUCGUCGCCCACACUCUCUGUGUCCUCCACCAGCCUUUGACACGGGGCUAAGCUCUGGCUGACCUCAGCCUCAACCUCGGCCUUGGUUGCCACCGCACAGCCAGGCCCCAGCAAGAGACGCAACUGCUCUGUGUGAAGAGGAGGGAGUGAGAGAAUGCAUAUACUUGAAUCAGGUAGCGAGAGGGAGAGUGGAGAAAAUGGCUUGAGAGAGAGUGGGAGGGGUGCAGUUUGAGGGAGAGUGGAGAGAAGGGCUUGAGAAACUGGGAGGGAAGAAGAGGUGAUGGGAAGAGCGAGUGAGGAAGAGUGAAAGAUGGAGAGAGAAACGCACAGAGGGGGCUGCUGGAUCUGGUCUCUUUCCCUGAAGUCUCACUGUAUUACCGUAAAGAUACCAGCUUCUAGUCUAUUGAAGAACACAGGAGAGUUUUCCUCAGAUAAAUAGGUUGGGAAAAAAAACACCAUUUGCAAUCCAAUACUGUCUCUGAACCGAUUUUAACUUAGGAAUGUAGCUAUGGUUCUGGUUCUGCCAUGCAUGUUUACUGACAUUGUGUCCUGGCAGGCAGGAAUAAAAAUGAGUAGUGCAGCUGUAUGUGUCACACUAGGUGGCAUUAACGGGCAAUGUUGUUUACCGUCCUACCCUACGGACGAGCCUUGUGUAAUAGAGUGUUGCCCCUAGACAUUUUCCAGCAUUUCCCCUUAAAUGGUUAAGGUUAGUAUUGAGGAGGGGAAGCUGAUCCUAGAUCUGUACCUAAGGAAAACUUCAACCAACCAGCUGGAGAAGAAGAAAAAAAAGAAUGUAGCUAUUGAUUCGAGAUCUAUCGUUACUCUAAACUAUACAUUUGUUUAAUUUGUUUAAAAAAUAUAUAAGAACAGAUAAUAUGAUGUUGAAUUAUUUAUUAAAUGUAAAAUAUAUAUAUAUAUAUAUAGCUAAUAUAUUCCGACAAUUUCAAAGAUGCUUUGUGAAAAGCAAAUGGACCACUGCUACGACUCGAGUGGCGUAUUAUUUUUACUUCGUUGUGUUAACGUCGUGCAUAUCAUUGAUGGAAGUGUGUCCGAGAGGAUGUCAGAAGUGGGAAGUUGUUCAGUUUGAGCGUUGAGUAUAUCAGAGUGAAUGAUUGAUAAGGAUUUUUUUAAACUGAUGAAGAUAUCAGGGCCCGUAUUCAUAAAGUGUCUCAGGGUAGGAAUGCUGAUCUAGGUUCCCCCUUAUUCAUAAUGAUUUAAAAGGAUAAACUGAUCCUAGAUCAGCAUUCCUACUCUGAGACACUUUUUGAAGACGGGCAGAGGUCAACUGAAAUAUUUUUAUUAUUUGUAAAGGACAACAGUUAAAAGAAAGAGGUUUAUUUUGUUCAUGCAGUGUUUAUUAUUUUGCCGGUUGGUACCUUGACUGAAAGUGUGAAAUAUUUUUCAAAAGUAGCCUUGUCACUGCCACAUGUAUUUCACAACCGAUGUCAUUUGUAGUUAUGGCAACUGAUGUCCAAUACGGUUGUAUGGAAGGCUAUGGUAUGCAAGCUUGCUUGUCCGCUAGCUAAUUAGAAACCCCAAUCCAUUGUAUAGAUCAUUAUCAUUCAUAAACACAUAGUGGUAUCACGAUCAUGACCGCUUUGAAAUGGCUAAAGAGCAGAAGGUUCAAGUAAUGUGUAGGCAAAUUAACACAACACUAAUCUUAAUACUUAAGACUAGCUGUGGCAAUGUCAAUGUGGAAACAUUUAUGGUGCUUUCAUUUUGUGUUACUUACUCAUCAUUUUGUACUUUCCCUCAUCAUACCUCUUCCUGUAUUGUUGAAAAGGAUCCAAAGUUACCACAGCAAUGUUUACGUAGUAAACGUGUGACAACAUGUAGUAUAACUCUAAGCUCUAACGAUACUCUGGAACACGUCUAUCAGAUAAUACCAUUCUUUGGAAGUUCCACAAAAUGGCACACAUCAAAGGAAAUGAAGCUGUUUCUACAUACUCAAUACUGAUACUUUACCUGAGGUUAAAGAGCUGUGUCCGCCACAACAUGUCCUAAUUUUAGUUUUUGACUCGUCACAGUUAGCUAGGUUCAAUAAAUAGGCUAUGUAGAGCAGUGUGAUCAAAUGUAAAACUUCUGAGAAGUUAUUUAUUUUCCUUUUUUCAAAGGAUUUUGUUGAUCUGGUUUUGUUUUUACCGAACCCCCUCUCCCCCAGUAAUGGUGAAGUAUUUUGUCCCCAAAUCGCAAAAGUGGUUGCAGUGAUGUCUUCUGUGACGUCAUGGUCAGGUUGUAUACAGAUUGUUUUAAGAGGUCUUUUUAGCGACCAGAAAAAAACGUAUUUAGCUGGUUGUAAUCUGGUAUCUAACCAGACUUCUCUACAACCAGAAAACCUAUUUACAACCAGAAAAUGGUGUCAUUAUAACAUUCCAUGCCAAAUUUUACACGGUGGGUUCGUGUGAGCUCAUAAUGUACCAUGAGUGAAAUCUCCACACAAGAACUUGGCCUCCAUUUAGUUGAAUCAAAUGUAACGAAGGAAUUGCCCAAAUUCUCGGAUUGAAUGCAAUGUCAAUGUGACUGCUUUUUUAGUUAACACAUUAUUGUUCAAUGUGACCUGCAUCGUUUAUUUAUAUGUUAUAUUUAUCGAGAAAAUGUAUGGAGAAACGUUGCACUAUUGUGAAAUGGAGCAAUACACUGUAUAGAAAAUAAAUAAAGAGGCUUUCA